AUCUGGAAAAACCCUGAGAUUCUCUCUUCGAUUCCGAGUGACGAGGAAGAAGGGACGAAAAAGAAGCGGCGAAGAUGUUGCGUGCUUUAGCGAAGCAUGGGAGGAGAGGUUUUGCUUCCAUUGCGUCUCCGGUUCCUCCUCCGGUUCCUCCUCCGGUUCAGUGGCUUAAAGCUUUUAAAGCUGCAACUGAGCAUCUAAUUUUGCGUGGUCUCGUGAGUGGUUGCGGAGCGUCUCCUUGCUGCGCGAGGGUUGUUUGUUGCUUCGCCAGAAGAUCUGAACAGCUGAAGAGGAAGAUCAAUCUGGUGCACUACACUGCAGCCCCGUUGCCUCUCAAGACUUUUGUCUGGAACGACAGCGCUUCUUUGAUGCAAGCGUGUGUCAACAUUUCGGAAACCUACACCACAACCUUGUUCACUGUUGUGAUCGGUGUCGCUGGCCUUUCAUUCACGUUUGGGCUUCGUGACUACGACCUCAAGGGAACUGAGCUACGAUUCUCUGAUCUCGAGGCUGCUCAAGCGCUUAUGGUUUCCCUCCAGUCAGGCAUAACUACGGAGUUCAACAUCUACAAACAGCAGACUGGGGAGCUUGACAACCAGAUGGUCGAGAUGAACCUCCGGAUCGAGAAUUUGGAGCAAAAGCUUGCGGCUUUGUCCAAAUGAUUAUGAAAGGCAGAGACUUUUUACAGUUGAUGUCGUGUCUUUAGUUUCUAUAUGUUUCGGUUGAUGAACCUGUAAUAAUUACUACUUCGUGGUUGUGACUUUUAGAUCUUGCAUGUUUCUCUUUUA